AGGGGGUUGCUAUAAUUUACCCAUUGAAAAGACGCAUUAAUGCCCCUAUAAAUCUCUCCUUUCUAGCGUCAAGUGACAGUGGACUAGAGAGAGGGAGGUGGGGAGUGAAUCUCUCUCUCAAUUUAAUUUUCCCGUUGGAGAAUUCAAGUUACAACCAUGUCAGAUCUGCAAACGCCUCUUCGUCCCAAAAGGAAGAAAGACCUAGUGGACUACCUUGUCAAUUUCCGAUGGAUACUCGUUAUCUUUGUUGUCCUACCCGUCUCUUUCACAAUCUACUUCCUCAUAUACUUGGGUGAUGUGAAAUCUGCAAUGAAGUCAGAAAAGCGACGACAAAAGGAACACGACGAGAAUGUGAAAAAAGUCGUGAAUCGUCUCAAACAAAGAAAUCCAAAGAAAGAUGGCCUUGUGUGCACAGCCAGGAAACCAUACAUUGCUGUUGGUAUGCGCAAUGUUGAUUAUAAACGUGCUAGGCAUUUUGAGGUCGAUCUCUCGGCAUUUAGACACAUCCUUGAGAUUGACAAAGAGAGAAUGGUCGCGAAGGUUGAGCCUCUUGUUAAUAUGGGUCAAAUUACUAGGGCUACAGUUCCUAUGAACCUUGCACUUGCUGUGGUUGCAGAGCUGGAUGAUCUCACAGUUGGUGGUCUCAUUAACGGCUACGGCAUUGAAGGAAGCUCACAUAUAUAUGGCCUUUUCUCAGACACAGUUGUUGCGCUUGAACUUGUACUAGCAGAUGGACGUGUUGUUAGAGCGACUAAGGAUAAUGAGUACUCAGACCUCUUUUAUGCCGUUCCAUGGUCUCAAGGAACAAUUGGAUUCCUAGUUUCUGCGGAGAUAAAGCUCAUACCUGUUAAGGAGUACAUGAAGCUAACUUAUACACCAGCAAGAGGGAAUCUCAGGGAUCUUGCACAAGCUUACGCCGAUUCUUUUGCACCCAGAGAUGGGGAUUCGGCGAAAGUGCCAGAUUUUGUUGAAGGAAUGAUAUAUAACCCAAAUGAAGGUGUUAUGAUGACGGGUAGGUAUGCAUCUAAAGAAGAAGCAAAGCAAAAGGGGAAUGUUAUCAAUAGUGUUGGGUGGUGGUUUAAACCUUGGUUUUAUCAGCAUGCACAUAAAGCUCUAACUAAGGGUGAGUUUGUUGAAUACAUUCCCACGAGAGACUACUAUCACAGGCACACCAGGUGCUUAUAUUGGGAGGGGAAGCUGAUAUUGCCAUUUGGAGACCAGUGGUGGUUUAGGUGGUGCUUUGGAUGGCUGAUGCCACCAAAGGUUUCAUUGCUUAAAGCUACCCAGGGUGAAGCUAUCAGGAAUUAUUAUCAUGAUAGGCAUGUGAUCCAGGAUCUCUUGGUUCCUCUAUAUAAAGUUGGUGAGGCGCUCGAGUUUGUUCACCGUGAAAUGGAGGUGUAUCCUAUCUGGCUCUGCCCGCACCGUAUCUUCAAGCUCCCCAUCCGAACAAUGAUCUACCCGGAACCUGGUUUCGAGCACCACCAAAGGCAAGGCGACACGAGCUACGCCCAAAUGUACACUGACAUCGGCGUCUACUACGCCCCCGGCCCCGUUCUCCGAGGUGAGGAAUUUGACGGAGUCGAGGCUGUCCGUCGCCUUGAAGACUGGCUGAUCAAGAACCACAGUUUCCAACCACAGUACGCCGUCUCUGAGCUCAACGAGAAGAAUUUCUGGAGGAUGUUUGAUGGUGGUCUCUAUGAGCAGUGCAGGAAGAAGUAUGGAGCUGUUGGGACUUUUAUGAGCGUUUACUACAAGUCUAAGAAAGGGAGGAAGACUGAGAAGGAAGUGCAGGAGGCUGAGCAGGCUAUUGCUGAGCCUGCUUAUGCCGAGGAGAGUUGAGGUGGAAUGACGAGUAGGUGUGUUUUAGAUUUGCGGCUGCUUGUUUUAUGUUUUAGGAUCAAACUGUUAGUUAAAUUUGGAUCACGGUAAGGAUCUACAGUUUGAUGGAGCAGGUAUUUUAUGCCCAGUUUGAGGUUGUGGGCCUCUUUGUAUCACAAUCUGCGUGACUUGUUCCUGUGCUAUUUAUGUGCUUGGAUGUUUUUUUUUUAUUC